GGGUGAAGAUGCGGAAUAUCGAGAUAUAAAUAGUCAAUGAUUGAGACAUAGCGAAUUAGUAUUAAUUGUUGAAUUCAUAUAGAUAUAAAAACAAUACGACCCUAGAGAUUCAGUUCCAGUUUGAAGUGAAUCCGUAUUUUUUGUGGCUGAUAUUUUGGAUUCGAAAAUAAUAAUUCCAAAUUAUGAUGAGGCAGUAUUUAGCCUUGGUGGCCCUCAUAGGCUUUUUCCAUCAUCAAUCGCUGGCCGAAGAAACCAGAUUAUUAGAUUUGGAGCCCAAUGAUGCCCAAAACCUCAUCGAACAACAAGAUCAAACUUUGAAGUACGCCCCAAAAAUCGAAAGUGACGUACCAGCUGUGAGAUUUUUAGGCGAAGAACCUCAUAAUGUUUUAGAAGAUAUUUAUUUGGCUAAGCAAUAUCAUGGGCAAGAUGGACUGGGAGGUUAUCUUUAUGGGUACCAAAUACCACAUAUUGCUAAAAAUGAGCAAAAAAAGCCUAGUGGGGAUUUGAAGGGAGCUUAUAAUUACAUCAAUGGAGCUGGACAGGAAAUCAAAGUUGAAUAUUGGGAUAACGGAAACGGUUUCCAUCAAACCGAUAACAUACCUCAAAUCCUUCCAAAGCAAGUUGAAGAUUCUCCAGCUGUCCAGGCCGCCAAAGAAACUUUCUUGAAGAGAUGGCACGAGGAAGCUGAAAGAAACUCUCAUCCAGUACCAUAUCCUUAUGUCAAUGGACAGUAUACUGCCGGAUCUGGACCUCAAGGACAACAAAUUCAAGGAGCUGCUUCUGGUCAACAGAACUCUUAUUCCCAAGCUCCAGGAGUUGCUGCUGCACAUGUAGUCCAAGGAGCUACUUCCGCUCAACAAGACUCCUACGCUCAAGCUCCUGGAAAUCCAGAAGACAAUGAAGGCGCUUACAAACCCGACGACAACGAAGGCAAAUACGUUCCAGAAGAAGGUGAAGAAUCCACAGGGCCUCCAAAAGGAUUUUUCUAUGCCUUUGAUUAUCCUACAGGAAUCAUUACUCAGGAUCAAGGAAGGGCUUUACCCGUAGAAAAGAGUGGCGAUUUGAAAAAUGUCUAUGAGGAGAACAAGCAAAGGUUUGAGAGGCAGUUGGGGCAAGGAAAGGCUACCGGAGGACAAUAUUUGAUUAAUUGAAAUUUAUUUGAAAAUAGUUAAUUUAUUUAAGAAAUACAAAAUUUGCCAUCUUAGUUUUAAGGGAAAAAUAAAUAAAAAAGAUAAAUAAAAAUUGA